AUGUCAAGAUCACCGUCGCCGCGCCCGGGAGGCUGGUCAAGUCCAGGCCUGAACACGCCCUAUGACAGCGGAGGGCGCACCAGCCCGUUCGCUAACGGCGGCUCCAGCUCCAGCUCCAACAACGUCACCUGGGCUUCGGCCCAGGCACGCAGCGCCAAUGUGAAGGGGUACACUGCAUUUGCUCCGCGCAACCAGGGCUUCUUUGGCAAGCACUUCCGGCGGCUCUCCACGAGCCUGCCUUUCAGCUAUGGAGAGAAGGAAAAGCUGGGCAGAGGGCGGGGAUACCAGGGCAACAACAAGCUUCUGCAGAUGCUGAACAGAAUCGGGUGGAACCUAUGGCGCCUGCGAAAACCGCUGGGAACCAUUUUGACCAUCUUGCUCCUCUACAUCCUUUUCUACGCAACACCAUUGCACCGCGUGUACCGACGAUCCUCGUGGUUCGGCGGAGGCAGCAAAUUCGUCGUUAUUCUCGCAGCGAACCAAGGCGGAGGUGUUAUGGAGUGGAAGGGUCCCAGAGAGUGGGCGAUCGAAAGAGACAGCGUCAAGAACAAGAAGAAGUACACGCAGAAGUGGGGCUAUGACCUAGAGAUUGUAGACAUGAGCACGAAGAAGCGGUAUGCCCACGAGUGGAGAGAAAGUUGGGAGAAGGUGGAUACCAUCCGAAAUGCGAUGCGCAAAUAUCCCCGCGCUGAAUGGUUCUGGUGGCUGGACACGAACACGUUCAUCAUGGAGCCAAACUACUCUCUCCAGAGCCACAUCUUCAAGCAGCUGAAGGAUAUCACGUACCGCGACAUCAACCACUACAACCCGCUCAACAUCAGCCACCCACUUACCGACGAGUACCUCGACCCGGAGACUAGAUCACCUGUAGGUGACGGCAAAGUUGACUCAAUCAACAUGAUCGUCCCACAGGACUGCGGUGGCUUCAACCUGGGCUCGUUCUUUGUACGGAGAAGUGUCUGGACUGACAGACUGAUGGACAUUUGGUGGGACCCCGUUGGCUACGAGCAGAAGCACAUGGAGUGGGAGCACAAAGAGCAGGAUGCUCUAGAAUACAUGUACAAGAACCAGCCCUGGAUACGUCCUCACCUUGCCUUUAUUCACCAGCGCAAGAUCAACGCCUUCCCACCCGGAGCGUGCGGAGAGAAGGGCGACGACCCGCACAUCCAUUACCACGAGAAGGAGAGGGAUUUCCUUGUCAACAUGGCUGGCUGUGAAUGGGGUCGGGACUGCUGGGGCGAGAUGUACAAGUAUCGCCAGCUCAGCAAUCGUCUCAACAGAAACCCUUGGGAGAAGUUCAAGGACGCCAUCAGCGAUUUCUUCAAGGCCCGCCGCGACGCAAAGAAGAAGAAGGAAGAGCAGCAAAAGAAGACGAACUAG